GGCCCUUCUUCCUUCAUCAAGGCAUGGGCUGUAAGAGAUAAUGUGUCUCUAUUGUAAAUGAAUGCAUCCAUGUGAAAGCCCAGGCAAGACAAAGGGCAAUAGAGACACAAAGCAUUGCCGGGAAAAUGCGAUUGAUGAUGAUGAUGAUGAUGAUGAUGAUGAUGAUGCUGAAGAUGAAAGGGCAGAAACAAUGCAAACCAAGCACAUGACCUACCGGGACAGUUUUGCCCGAUUGGGAAAUGCGGAUCGACUGACUGAUCCAAGAAGAUGCUUCGAGCGAAUACAGUCUGCUAUCCCUUGAUCCGUUGGCUUCCCCGCUCCCUGCCUCGGAUCUUGAGAUGUAUCUGUAACUCUAUCCUUGCGACGGUGACAUCAUAAAUGAUAUCGAAGAGUUGAAGAGUCACCAUGAGAUCUCGACGAUCGCUGGCAUCUUUUGAGAUGUAACAGUAGAUGAGAGGAAAACUCGCUGUCUCGUUUUGGCACCAUCCUCCUGACAUUGGAUGCGAGGAAGCCGGAUGGUUCUACGACAUGCGCAGCGGUAUGCUGAAAGCUCAGUUGGUUCCCUGCCACUGCUACAACAAAUCUGAGUGGUCAACGCUAACG